CUUAUGCUUAAAAUGCUCAAAAAUGUCGUAAAGAACCUGCCCAGUGUCUCAAGAAUUCUCAGUUGUCUUUCGGUUCUUGACCUGGUAAGACGCACCAUGAAGUGGCAAGUGUGUGUUGUGAUUUUCAUUUCUUUGGUGGUUUUUGGGGUUUUUGCGGAAGGUGAACCUAAAGUUUGCUUUAAUGCUGGAUGUGUCCGUGGUACAACGUCCUUAGGGUACGAACGUCCCUAUGAGGCUUUCCUGGGAAUCCCCUAUGCCCGUCCACCGAUUGAGGGUCAGAGAUUCCGAAAUCCCGAACCCAAUGAGGGUUGGACCAAUGUACGAGAUUGCACAAAGCCAGCAAAUAUUUGUCCUCAGCGGGAUCUUCUUGGAGGAACUGGGGGAUUCAUUGGGAAUGAGGAUUGUCUCUAUCUCAACGUUUACCGGCCACUUCUUACAAAUCCGCAAACUCAGAGACUCCCAGUAAUUGCCUUUAUUCACGGUGGGGCAUUCUUGUUUGGUUCAGCACAUCCUGAUUUCUAUGGACCUGACUACUUCAUGGACAAUGGAACAGUGAUCUUGGUUACAAUUCAGUACCGCCUAGGAGCACUGGGCUUCCUCUGUUCGGGUGAUUCGGCAAGUCAGGGGAAUUUCGGGUUAAAAGAUCAAGUUUUGGCACUCAAAUGGAUUCAGGAUAAUAUCAUGAAAUUCGGUGGGAAUCCCAGGCUCGUCACUGUUAUGGGUCAGAGCGCUGGUGCUGUUUCGGCGCAGGUUCUAAUGACAAAUUCCCAAACAAGAUAUUUCUUCCGAAGAGCCAUCUUUCUAAGUGGCUCCAUGAUCUCAGAUUGGAGCGUAACAGAUAAUCCAGUUAAAUUAUUCCGUGAUAUUGCUUCAGCUGUUGAACUUUCAAAUCCCACAACUAGGAGUACGCAGGAUCUUACGGAAGAAAUGAGAACUCUCGAUGUUAAAGAGAUCUUAGCUGCUUCGAGUAAAAUCCAAACAAAGGAUCGGAGAGUUAUGUACAAAAUGUGCCUAGAAGGUCGUUGGCCGGGGGCUCUCAUACAAGAAGAUCCUCGAGAAAUGUGGAAGAAAGGACUCUACCGCCACAGAUCAUGGUUGAUGGGUGUUGUGGGGAAUGAAGGGACAAUUGGAAUUAAUAUUGUUAACAAUGAAACUAUCUUGGAGAAAUUUAAUGAAGAUCUAGACAAGAAUAUUGCGGACUUUCUUGAAAUUUCUGAGGAUCAGGUACCAUCUGUUAGGAGCUUUUACUUGGGAGGAAGCGACACUAUCAAUGAAAGUAACAAAAUGAAUUUUUUGAAGAUGAUCAACGACAGAUUGUUCUACUACCCAUUCUACGAAUCCGUGCGACAGUACAUUCAGUACGGUAGCAACAAGGGCACUCCGGUCUUCCUCACAAAGUUCAACUAUAGAGGCUCCCAAUCGUAUACAAGCAAAAUUUACCAACUUCCCAGUAAUCAUGAAUUCGGUGUGGGACACAGUGAUGACCUAGACUUCCUCUUUCCAUCUGCAGCGCUCUUCCCUGAGCGCAUUCCUAAGGAUUCCUUGGAUGCCAAAGUGGCCAAGAAGUACGUUAAUACAUUAAUUGAGUUCGCUGUAACAGGAAGACCUCUCAAUGGGGCCAAUGUGAGGAAGUGCAAUCGUGCAAACUUUGACCCCUUCUGUGACUACCAGGAAUUCCGGAAAAAGAGCCUAGAAGUGAAACUUCCAACGGAAAUAAUUGAGCAACAUGCGGACUUGGAAGUUAUUGUCACGAAUUCAUUUGACAUUGAAAUGGUAUCAUUCUGGAAAGCUCUACUAUCUGACUAAAAAAAUAUGUUUAAUAUUCUACUAGGGCUUUCAGAGCGUUUAAAGCGCAUAGAAAAAAGCUAAUAAAAGGUUCAGGUUUUAUAAAACAUUUUUUUUAAAUAAAAUUUAAAAAAAAUAAUAAUUCGUUGCUCGUUUGUAGUUAAUUUGAAGAAUAUUUAAUAAAACUACAAUAGAGAAGAUUGGGAUCAAA